CUUCAUGAAAGAUCUGGUAAAGUUACACAUGUGAAAUCACAAGUAUCUUUCUUCAUAAUUGUUGAUAAGGCCCAGCAAAGAAACAGACAUGGUUGAUGUCACAGUCUGUUAGUACUUGUGAUAACUUUGGAGGCACAUAGGGGAUAUGAGUUGGUCUCGCUUUGCUCAAUGUGUUGAUAGACUCCAAAUGCUGCUGUCUCUUAGUCUUAAGUACACUUCAUAGUUGCUAAGCAAAGCUUAGCAUGGAUUUUGUGAGGCUACUAUGUGUGGUACUUGGCACUAUAGCUUUGAGAGUGAAUGCUGGUGGUUCUGGAAGUUGUAAGUUUCCGGCCAUAUACAACUUCGGUGACUCAAACUCCGAUACUGGGGCUAUUUCGGCAGCCAUAGCUGAGGUUCCUCCUCCCAAUGGUGAAACUUUCUUUGGACAUUCUUCUGGGCGCUUUUGUGAUGGUCGCCUUGUAAUAGAUUUCAUAGCUCAGAAGUUGCAGCUACCAUUUCUCAGUCCAUACUUAGACUCAAUUAGGACUAAUUUCAGGCAUGGUGCAAAUUUCGCAACCGGCGGUUCAUCCAUUCGGCCAGGCGGUUACAGCCCCUUUCAUCUUGGCAUUCAACUUUCACAGUUCUUAAGGUUCAAAUCUCAAUCCAUAGCCCUCCACAAGCAACAGAGUUCAAACAGUCGUACUUGGGCACCAGCUCAAAGACUUCCAAGGCCGGAGGACUUUUCGAAAGCUCUGUACACAAUUGAUAUUGGACAGAAUGAUCUUGCCUAUGGUUUUCAACACGGGACAGUAAAGCAAGUUCGAGCCUCCAUUCCUGAUAUUCUCACUCAAUUAGACCAAGCCAUUAAUAUACUAUACAAAGAUGGGGCAAGGUUUUUCUGGGUGCAUAACACAGGUCCUCAUGGUUGCUUACCCUAUAACGUUAUCUAUGACAAAUCAAAGCCUGGAAACCUGGACCGGAGUGGCUGUCUGAAGCCUACCAACAAGGUGGCUCAGGAGUUCAAUCGGCAGCUUAAGAACAGCAUAUUACGCUUAAGGAUGCAGCUCCCUCAUGCAGUUUUCACUUAUGUUGAUAUGUAUUCAGCUAAAUAUACAGUAAUCAGCAAUGCGAAAAAUGAAGGUUUUGUGGAUCCAUUCGAAUUCUGCUGUGGCAGUUACAAGGGAUACCAUAUUGACUGUGGAAAGAAGGCCAUAGUGAAUGGAACAGAAUAUGGUAACCCUUGUAAUAAUCCAUCAAGACAUAGUUGGGAUGGCAUACACUACUCUCAGGCAGCAAACAUAUUGAUCGCCGAUCAAAUUAUCAAUGGCUCACUAUCUGAUCCCCCGGUUUCAAUCACAGAGGCUUGUCAUGGGUGA